AUUCACUCAUUCACCAUCACCAGCAGACGGCGAUAAGGGCGCUUUGCCCCGGCAAUUUCAUGCCAUUAUUGGUCUCUCCAUCCUUAUGGCUUCUCCUCUUAUAAAUCAACAGUUUUAGGCACAUUUCUGUUGUAUCGUCCUCUGCCUUUAGGUGCAUGUGAUUUCCCUCUCUGACACAUUACUAUUACUAGUGCAGCCUGCAUUAAUUACAUCCCUGCAGGGGAAGAAAGAAAUAGACUUUUCAGGUGCUGGCUGAGCAUCAAAUGUCCUCAAAGUGAAUGAGAUUGUGGUUGUAAUUCCAGUGCGUAAAAAUACAGUUGUGCGUAAAAGUACAGUUGUGCCAGGACUUCUAUGGCGCACGGUGAAUGCGGGAAUAACCUGGUUUCCCACUUUUAAAUUAGGCGCAGUUAUAAAGAGAAAGUGCUGCCUGGUGUGGAAGCUGUCUUUAAAGGAAAUUCGCCAACCAUGGGCCACUAUAUAAUUUCAAAUAUGUUUGACUCAUCCUAAUCACAGUCUGCCCCCACCGUUUGGCCGCUGCACCACUGCUAACAAAUCUUAGUUAUUUUUGUUUAGUUGAAGUCUCUGAGAGGGUGUUUGGAAAUUUCAAAUGCCUUGUGCUAUUUGUGGGAUUGACCCUCCUCCCUGCCUCCUCCUCAUCCUCCUCCUCCUCCACCGUGUUCUUCCUCCACGGUCUUCUAGUCACCUGACCAAACGCCAUGCAAAUCAUUCUGCUGCUGGAGCCUCAUUGGCCGCUUGUGGCUCAUUUAACCGCUGUCAGUGCGCAUCAUAUGGCCGCCGCUUUAACCAACUUCUCAACUCCGACAUAGGGAAAGUGGCUCCAAUGCGCAUUCUGUCACAGUGGAUGUGAACCAACGCAUGCGAAGACAGCGCGAAACACUGGUUGGAAAACGUUUUAUAUUCCUUCUCGGAUUAUUUUUUGUGUCGUGUUUGAUUCAUUUGGGGUUAGAAUAUUAGUUUUACAGCCCAGUCGACCUGUGGGCACCCAGUCUUCGUGCGCGCCUGACUCAUCGUAAGAUAGACUUUUUCUCUGUUUGUGGCGAAGUUUAACAGCAGGUGAAUGUAUAGCAUGAUGAUGGAGACUGACCUGCAUUCCCCCGGCCCCCAAACCAACACGAACACGGGGCAACCGGGGUCGAACGGCGGGUCCAAAGCGAAUCAGGACCGGGUGAAGAGACCGAUGAACGCUUUCAUGGUGUGGUCCCGUGGGCAGCGGAGAAAGAUGGCACAGGAAAACCCCAAGAUGCACAACUCCGAAAUCAGCAAGCGGCUGGGCGCCGAGUGGAAGUUAAUGUCCGAGGCUGAGAAGCGCCCUUUCAUCGACGAGGCGAAGCGUUUGCGAGCCAUGCACAUGAAGGAGCAUCCGGAUUACAAGUACCGGCCCAGACGGAAGACCAAGACGCUGCUGAAAAAGGACAAAUACUCCCUCGCCAGUGGGCUGCUUUCUGGGCCCAGUGGGGGCGGUGGAGUUGGUUUAGGGGUCGGUAUGAGUUCAUCGGGGGUCGGACAGAGGUUAGAGAGCCCCGGGGGUCACGGAGGCUCCGCCAGCUCCGGCUACGCGCACAUGAACGGCUGGGCGAACGGUGCGUACUCGGGCCAGGUGGCUGCAGCCGCGGCGGCUGCGGCGAUGAUGCAGGAGGCUCAGCUCGCCUACAGCCAGCACCCGGGCAGCGGAGCGCAUCACCACCACCACCACGCUCACCACCACCACGCGCACAACCCGCAGCCCAUGCACCGCUACGACAUGACAGCGCUGCAGUACAGCCCCAUCUCGAACUCUCAGAGCUACAUGAACGCUUCCCCAUCCGGCUACGGCGGGAUCAGCUACACGCAGCACCAGGGCUCCGGAGUCUCCUCCUCCGCUGCUGCCAUGGGCACGUUAGGGUCGCUGGUGAAGUCGGAGCCGAGUAAUUCUCCGUUGUUGGAAUAGCAUCUGCACUGAAGUUUUCUGACAUUAAGAGGAAGUAUUCAGCGGUGGACAUGGAUCACUGUGGGAGGGACUGUGAUUUGCAGAUAGCAGGCUGUCAUCAUGAUGAGAUGGGUGCUGACUGAGGGUAAAAAAGUCCUCCUGAAAAAUGUCAGCAACAGUCAGAACUAGAGCUGCACGAUAUUGGUCAUAGAAAUGAUAUUGCAAUUAUUUUUGAAAGAUGUUGCAAUUGCAGUAUGAUCCACAAUUGGUUGGACACCAUCUUAAGUGUAAUAUUAAUUAAACAAAACACCAACAUUAAAAUCAUGUUAACUUGAUAUUUGAUGGCAUUUGUCAAUAAACAAUCAUGUUUUUUCUUUAUCACAUUAUUAACUGUAUUUAGGCAGUGAAGUCUCACUCAGAUUAAACAUUUAUUUCAAUAGAGGGUCGUGGUCAAGACAGAUUCAACAGGAGUACAAAACAACAAAUAGUAACAUUAACAGAGCCAUAAUACAUAAUACAAAUUUAAUCCAAUUGAAAAUUAAAAUACACCAUGAUAAAAUAUCAAACUAGUACACAGCAAAAAUUGGCAGUGAUAAAUCAGUGUAUUACUGUUCGGACAACCAAAGGUAUUAACAUUUUAUUCAAAAAAUGUAGAGCUCUUUAAGAUUCAGUUGUUUUUAUAAAUUGUUCCAAGCCGAAGGAGCAGCAGAGAGCCGGGCUGGUGAAGCAUUGAAGAACUUCAUCAUAAUGCUGUUUUGUUUUUGCAUAUUUUUUUCAUCACAUAAUUGCAACGUCCUUUGAUUUGGAUAUGGCACUUGGUAGCAUUGCGAUUUUGAUUAGUUUGAGAUUAAUUGUGCAGCUUCUUCUUCACAGCCUUCUUCUUCUUCCUAUUAUUAUUGUUAUUGCUAAGAUUGAACAUGAACAAAACAACACCAGUAUAUUUUCAUCCAUCUCAGCAAAAAACCAACACCAUCAAACAAACAAACAAAAAAGUGCCGUGUCUGGAGCAGCUUUCCUUCUCCAUUCUAUUUCACUUGAGCCAGCUUCACAGUCUUAUUAUCCUUAUCCCCUCAGUUGGCAUGUUUUCCCCUGAACCCGCUGCAUUUUACAGAUUUGUAAAAUCCGUCAAAUGCCUGUAAUGAAUAUUUCUACAGCCUUGAGUGUAUUUAAUGUGCUGUGUGACCAGCCCCAGAAGGACAAACAUUACACAUCUCUGCGUUUGGACCACAUGAUCAUUAGACAGUGGCCUCUGUCAAUCUUUUAAUCAGGAGAAUAGAAAUGAAAUAAACCUCUGGUAUUUAUUUGUGUUAUUUCAACAUAUUUCCUGUGCAUGGGUGUACAUUUAAUGUAUAUAUCUUUAUUAAUUUCUCUUCAAAAAAAGAAACCGAUAGUACAGUUUUCUUGAUGGUUUAUAUGUCAUAUUGUUCUUCAUGAUUGUGUGUUUACAUCUUUUUCUGAAAAAAAAGAAGACAAUUUAAAAUAAAUAAACUCUUGCAUCUUAUAAUCUGAGAAAAACAUCUCCUGCAUCCUUUUUCCCACGUCCAAUAUAGAAGGUAAAUGAAUCCUUGAACUGAAAAGGUAGUGGAACAUUUUAACGUUUAACUUUGCAUUUAUUUCAAGGCCAAAAUGCCCUCAAUUAUUUUACUGUUGCCCCCGUCCCCCAAGUAAUUGAUUUUGGUUAGA